ACACUUGCGUGCCACACUCACCCUGGCAAACCAGAUAUGGGGAGAGGGCCCAGACCCACACCAGAGACCUUGCAGCGGCUGAACCGAAAUGGCUGGGGCAGAAAACAUGGCCUUUGCCUAGCUCCAGGGCUGAUUUGCUGCCCGGACAGCCACUACCUGGCCCUUCCUGAUAAGGCAGCAGCAUCUCUCCAGCCUGAACAUGGACGGCACUCACAGGACCAGCACCUGGUGCUUCACUCAGAGAAGGAGUUCCAUGAUGCAGCGAAGCGUAAUGACACGGCCAGGAUGGAGGAGCUCAUCAGGAGAGGGGUUGACAUCAAAGCCAAAAACAACGCAGACCGGACUGCCCUGCACUGGGCUGCAGGAGCAGGGAACGUGGAUGCUGUGCGACUGCUCCUGGACCACAAUGUGCCGGUGGAUGAUGAAGACAAUUUUGGAAUGAAUGCACUUCUGCUGUCUGCCUGGUUUGGCCACCUCCGUGUCCUGCAGAUCCUUGUCAAUGCUGGAGCCAAGAUUAACUGUGUCAAUAGGAAUGGCAGGAACCUGCUCCACUGUGCUGCUCAGAAGGGACACAUCCAGGUAAUGGAGUUCAUCACGGAGGACCUGGAGGAUGUGUGUGUGGAUAAGACAGACAAGUUGGACAGGACAGCAUUUCACCUGGCUGCAGAGAAUGGGCACCUGGAGGUGGUGGAGUUCCUAAUUCGACUGGGUUGUUCUCGCAAUGCCAAAGACAAGGAAGAAAAUACAGCAUUGCAUUUAGCUGCUAAAAACGGACACCUCUCUGUGCUCCAGAAGAUUAUAGAUGUUGGAGUCGACCUUGACAAAAAGAACAUGGAAGGACUUACAGCUCUGCACAUGGCUGCUGAGGGGGGUCACAGUGACUGUGUGAAGCUGCUCUUGGAAGCUGGUGCUGAUGUCAAUGCUAAAACACAGAAGAAGAUGAACUGCCUUCAUUACGCAGCACUGCAUGGCUACGAGGAGACAGGCAGGAUCCUUCUGGAUGCAGGAAUCCACACGGAUGCUGUUAAUCACCAAAACGCAUCAGCGACACACAUUGCGGUGCUGCAGAACUUCCCAGCCAUGGUGAAGCUUUUCAUCGAUGCGGAGUGUGACCUUGACAUUGCAGAUAAUAGGCAGCAGACCCCUCUGCACAUCGCUGCGGAGCACGGCAGGCAGGACGUGGCCGAGAUGAUUCUCAUUGCAGGAGUCAAUCUGAAGCUAACAGACAAGCAAGGGAAGACAUCUCUGGAUGUUGCUGCUCGGGGCAAUCACAUCAACCUGGCAGACAUGAUUAUCAAAGCCGAUCGGUUUUACAAAUGGGAAAAGGACAAUCUGAACAGUGACUCUGACUCCUGGGUAGCAAAGCACUUGACCUUUAAGCAAGAUCACAGGGUGGAAACACAGCACAUCCGCUCAGUAAUGUGGAGACUGGCUACCAAGUACCUCAGGCCUGGUGAAUGGAAGAAGCUGGCACAUUACUGGAAAUUCACUGAUGCCCACAUUAGGGCCAUCGAGCAGCAAUGGACAGGCACUAAAAGCUACAGGGAGCACGGCCACAGAAUGUUGCUCAUCUGGCUCCAUGGUGUGAUCACAGCGGGAGAAAAUCCAGUCAAGGGAUUAUACGAAGGCCUUGUGGGGAUUGGAAGAAGAGAUUUAGCAGAAAGCAUUCGGAAAAAAGCAAACGCCGACUCUGCCUCUCCACGGAAGUGUGUAGCAAUGUAGCACCAGGAUGGUACCAGUGACUCCUUCGACAACUUGUCCUCAAGCUAGAGGAGAAACCCUUGCUGUGCUGGUGAUCUGGAGGCAGCCACAACUUAAGGGCUUCUUGUCAUCAACAGCUGGCACCACCAUUGCUUCCUUCUCCGGAACAGGGAAGAAGGCAUCAGCAAAGCCAAUGGCCUGAAACUCCUCUUUACAGAGGAAGGAGAGUUUUGUUGGCUGCUGUAGCAGGAGCUCAGCGAGCCAGCCUCAUUUCUCAUACUGUGAGCAUCAGGAACUGCUGUUCUACUAUAACUGGUUUACAUCUCAUUUUUGUACAUAAAUUUUACUUGUGUGUUUGUAAGUUAUUGAGGGCAAAGCCCUUGCUUUCAGGAGUGUUCUUUACUUACCUUGUUUUGGGAAGUGUCUGUCCCUUGUGUCCUAAUAUGUUCAGAAUGUCCUUGUUAGGGCAGGAAUUUAGAAGAGCCAAGGCUCCCACCUGGUCCUUCUGGAACCACGAGGGCUGUGAUCUUUAACAGAAAAUUUCAGAGAUCAUUAACAUACACUGUUUACAGAUGUACAUUAACCUAUACAUACUGUUCAUGAAUCAACCAGGGAACUUCCUUAAUCCAUAGGUUACACUUUUCAAGCUGUAAGAUAAGAAUGAUCAUUGGUUAUCUACACAGCCUCUGACGAGGACAUAGUUUUCUUAAAAACUUAUUUAUCAUGUAAUACUUUGUAUUUGUUUUUUACAGUGUUUCAAGGGUAAAAUAAUGUCUGUAUUUCAAUAAAUCCAAGUUUUACCCU